UAGUACCAUUUCAUGAGUCUCCCCAUUCAGUUGAAUAGAGCGCUUGGACCCGGAAGCCGCUCUGCGUGACGUCACACUUAACAAGCGGAUUACUCUCUACAGCUGAUGACAAUCUGGAUUUGUCACACACGCAUAUCUGCAGGUCAUUAUUGCAGCCUCAGCUCUACGCCCAAGCCCACCUCAGCUCAGCCUCAACUACAUGCCCAGGCCUUCUUCAGCUCCUCUUCCUGCCAAGGCCCGCCUCAGCUCCGCUUCCUGCCAAGGCUCGUCUCAGCUCUGCUUCACGCCCAGGCCCGUCAUGGCUCGGCUCCACGUCCAUGCUCGCCUCAGCUCUACACACAUGCUUCGCACAGCACUGCUUCAUGCCCAGGCCCACCUCAGCUCCACUUCAUGCCCAGGUCCGUCACGGCUUAGCUUCACACCCAGGCUCGCCUCAGCUCAGCCUCAGCUCCACGCCCAGGCCUGCCUCAGCUCCGCUUCACACCCAGGCCCGUCACAGCUCAGCUGCACGCCUAGGCACUCCUCAGCUCUGUGCUCUGCUUCACAUCAGGCCUGCUUCAGCUCUGCUUCAUGCCCAGGACCACCUCGGCUUGGCUCCAUGCCCAGGCCUACCUCAGCUCAGCCCCAUGCCCAGGCUCACCUCAGCUCCACGCCCAGGCUCAUCUUAGCUCCACGCCCAGGCUCGCCUCAGCUCUACUCCUAGGCCGCUUAACUCAGCUCCGCUUCACGCCCAGGACCACCUCGGCCGAUGCCCAGGCCCGCCUCAGCUCAGCCCUGUGCCCAGGCUCUCCUCAGCUCCACGCCCAGGCUCAUCUCAGCUCCACGCCCAGGCUCUCCUCAGCUCCACGCCCAGGCUCAUCUCAGCUCCACGCCCAGGCUCUCCUCAGCUCCACGCCCAGGCUCAUCUUAGCUCCACGCCGAGGCUCACCUCAGCUCCAUGCUCGCCACAGCUCAGCCUCAGCUCCAGGCCCUGGCCCUCCUCAGCUCCACACCCAGGCUAUCCUCAACUCCACGCCCAGGCUCAUCUCAGCUCCACACCCAGGCCCUCCUCAGCUCCACACCCAGGCUCUCCUCAACUCCACGCCCAGGCUCAGCUCAGCCCCGUGCCCAGGCUCUCCUCAGCUCCACGCCCAGGCUCAUCUCAGCUCCACGCCCAGGCUCUCCUCAGCUCCACGCCCAGGCUCACUUCAGCUCCACGCCCAGGCUCACUUCAGCUCCAUGCUCGCCUCAGCUCAGCCUCAGCUCCAGGCCCUGGCCCUCCUCAGCUCCACACCCAGGCUUGCUUCAGCUCCACGCCCAGGCUCGCCUCAGCUCCACUCCCUGGCCCGCCUCAGCUCAGCUUCAGCUCCACGCUCAUGCCUGCCUUCAACUCCUAGUCCAUGCCUGCCUCAGCUCAGCAUCAGUUGCACACCUAGGCCCUCCUCAGCUCUGUGCUCUGCUACACUCCAGGCCCGCCUCAGCUCUGCUUCACGCCCAGGACCACCUCGGCUCAGAUCCAUGCCCAGGCCCACCUCAGGCCCAUGCCCAGGCCCGCCUCAGCUCAGCCCCAUGCCCAGGCUCUGCUCAGCCCCAUGCCCAGGCUCUCCUCAGCUCCACGUCCAAGCUCAUCUCAUCUCCAGGCCCAGCUCUCCUCAGCUCCACGUCCAGGCUCAUCUCAUCUCCACGCCCAGGCUCAUCUCAGCUCCACGCCCAGGCUCUCCUCAGCUCCACGCCCAGGCUCAUGUCAGCUCCAUGCCCAGGCUCACCUCAGCUCCAUGCCCACCUCAGCUCAGCCUCAGCUCCAUGCCCAGGCCCUCCUCAGCUCCACACCCAGGCUGCCUCAGCUCCAUGCCCAGGGUCGCCUCAGCUCCACUCCCUGGCCCGCCUUAGCUCAGCUUCAGCUCCACGUGCAUGCCUGCCUAAGCUUAGCAUCAGUUGCACACCUAGGCCCUCCUCAGCUCUGUGCUCUGCUACACUCCAGGCCCACCUCAGCUCUGCUUCACGCCCAGGACCACCUCGGCUUGGCUCCAUGCCCAGGCCCACCUCAGGCCCAUGCCCAGACCUACACUCCCUGGCCCGCCUCAGCUCAGCUUCAGCUCCACUCCCAUGCCUGCCUCAGCUCAGCUGCACGUCUAGGCCCUCCUCAGCUUUGUGCUCUGCUACACUUCAGGCCUGCUUCAGCUCAGCUUCAUGCCCAGGACCACCUUGGCUUGGCUCCACGCCCAGACCCACCUCAGGCCCCUCAGCUCAGCCCCAUGCCCAGGCCUUCUUCAGCUCCACGCCCAGGCUCACCUCAGCUCCAUACCCGCCUCAGCUCAGCCUUAGCUCCACGCCCAGGCCCACCUCAGCUCAGCUUCAGCUCCACGUCCAUGUCUGCCUCAGCUCAGCCUCAGCUCCACGCCCAGGCCCACCUCAGCUCCCCUCCACACCUAGGCCCGCCUCAGCUUCGCUCCACGCCCAGGCCUUCUCCAGCUCCGCUCCAUGCCCAGGCCCACAGCAGUAGAAAAUAAUUUAUGUGGUUUUCUUGAACUCUACUUAAUUUAUACAACACUUCAGUAUAUCUUUUACUGACAAUUAUUAGCCAAAAUAUUCUGACUGUCUACUGCUAUGCUGUAUUUUUUCAACAAAAAAAGUAUUAAAUUAGAAUAAAAGCAUCAGGGAAGGUGAAAGCUCUUGACGCCUAAAUUGACAACAUUUGCUUAUUUUUGCUGAUGAUUAGGUAAUCAAAGUCAUUUGAAUGUUAGAAGAGCGUGAAUUCAAUAUACACUAUUUUGUUAUGGUGUUUUAUUUCCAUGCCCUUUUCCUUUAAUUUAUUGAUGGUUUUCUCAAAUCUCUUUGAAAGUAUUGUGUUAUGGCUGUAUGACUCGGACAUAUCCUAAAAUGCUUUACAUGGCUUAAUGUAGAACAAUGCUUAACAUGUCUGCAUCAUUAGUCAAUGCAUAAUAUGCUUUUAUUAACAAGGUGAAGGCUACAUUAAAUCGUAAUAUCAUUUUCAAAAUUUAAUAUCAUUGUAACUCAUCAUAUUAACUGCAUUAAGCCAAAUCAAGUGUUAUGCAUGACAGGCUCUAAUUAGGCCUGAUCUGCUUGUCUAUACUGUUUUAUCCACAAUAAAUACAGUAUAAUACAGAGCAAAAUAUUAUUUUCAGCAAAACGUAGGAAUUAAAUGAUUAGUUCACUUUGAAAUUAAAAUUACACCAACUUUUAUUCACCCUCAAGACAUCUUAGGUGAAACUGAACUAAUAAUUUAUCUAAACCAACAUAUUAGUUAGAUUGUCACCUCUGUUCUGUUAAAAAGCGAAAUACUCAGUGAAACGCUCUCCCCAUUAGACUGUAGGUCUACAUGACAACAUGCCUGCAGUGAUGUACACUCUUAAGAUCACUUAAUGUGAAAAUGUGCUUAAAGUACUAAGACCCAAAUUCAGCAUACACCAAAUUACUGUAUGUAAUCGCAAUGCAACUUCAUAAACAGAUAAGCCAACAAAACCAUUGAUAAGACUAAUGCAAUGCCAUGUUAUGCAAUGCCUGUUUCAGUUUUAAAAUGGUCAUGUACUAUCAUGGGUUCAGAAUAAAGGCUCUCAAAGGUGUGGGAGAGUUGCUCUGUUUAUUUAUAAUUUUGGUUUAUGUAUCAGUAAAUUAAAAAGUCUAUAUUUAAAUAAAGCCUAAUAAACAAAUUUGUAUACAAAAUAAUUAUUUUUAGUUUUUAUUUCCAUGGUUAAAAAGGAAUUAUGGACACAUAUGAACAUUAAUUUCUGUGUUUUGCAUCAGACAUAAAUCAACUUAAUGUAAGAGGUCUAAACAAAACACUGACAAUAGAUGGUCAGAACGAAGGCCUGAUGAGUACAACGAAACAUUCCCGAGCAGUGUGUUGACCUGACUUAAAAAGUCCCCACCACGACCACCCCUCCCCCACUGGAUGAUGCAAUCGCGCGCGGCCGCCAUUUUAGUUUCUAAUUGGAGCGCUGCAGGUAAUGCAGAAUACACUGCCGCGAGCGCGACGCAGCCGGCACCUCAUCAGAGAUUUCAUCGAGUGAUGGACGCAUGAUGGAGGAAAAAAAGGUAAGACUUUUUAUAUAAAUAUCAUAGUAAAUUUAGAAUUCUGUUUAUGGACCGAUCACUUCAACAGAUUAAGCAUGCUGUUAAGAUUGGUUUGGCUACUGUUAUAGCAAGGCUGACGUUAGUUGUUCACUAAGGUUAACUAAGUUAAUGUUAGCCAGCAUAUUUGUGUCGUAAUUAACUUUCAUUAUGCUAACAUAACUAUGUGAAGGUCUUAACCUAAGAGCACGUGUGUUGUAAACAUUUUUCAUACACUUUAAGGUAAGUUAGUUAAACAAUACAAACUAAUGUGCUUAAAGAUUUAACGUUACCAAUGUCUCAUAUCCAUAAUGGAAAUGUUUAAACUUGGAGGUUACGUUAGUAAUGCUGACCCCAAGUUCACGCCUGCGUUAGAAUCGGCGUGAUAUUAACUGUUUAUUUCUUCAGUGAGAUUCGUGCUCCAAAAGACAGUAUAAGCAUGUUUUGUUAACGUUAGAGUAAGUUACUUUAUUUAAUACUAACGUUAGCCGCUUCUAGUUGUAUAUCACACGUGGCCUAAUGCUAAGUUCAGUAUGUGUACAUUUAUUGAAAUUACCUUUACUUUGCUUCCAUACAGAUUAAACGAAGAGAGACAUUCAGCUAUACAGAAGGACAUGGAUAGUGACGCAGACACUGUAAUCCUAGAAUUACCCAGUUCUACAUGACCAAGAGCCUGUGAUGUCCCAGAGCGAAGAAGGACUGAGAGUGUAUUUGUGCCUCAAGAUACA